UUGUAUUGAUUACAGUGGUAGUUAAGAUCUAAGGGAUCAGCAUCUUCUUCUUCAACUACCAACCCCUGUUCCUCCAUUUCUUCUUCCUCUUUGACUCCAUAACCCAAUCUUCUUGCCUCCAUGCUUCAUUAUGCCAUCUGUUACCGAAAGUCAGAACCUCGAGUUUCAUAAUUUUCAUCUGUUUGUGUAUUCUCAAAUGCCUCCAACAUCACCACCACCAUGUCUGUGCAUAUUUUCCAUUUGAUAUGUUCCAUUUCUGUCCUCUUCUUCCCCACAAUAGCGCGGGGUUCUUGUGCUUCUUUGUGCCCACGUCAGUUUUUUCAACAAAGCAAUCGGCGAUUUGAGCGCAAGACUGAUAGGUUCUGGGUGUUCAGUGAACAAGCUGAUGGAUGGAUUGAAGUUCAGCUUCCCUAUGAUCUUAAGCAGACAAGUGGGGAAGCUUGGGAUGAUGGUAAUGACAACGUAGGACUAGUGUAUGAAAUUUUGCCUCAGAGAAAGAGACUGUCUUUGACUAAACUGUCGGAUUCAUCGGUGUGGGUGACUGGCGAGAGUGGGUCAAUCUAUGAGAGAUUUUGGAACGGACUCCAAUGGGUGAUUGCUCCUCAUGAGCUUCCAAUACAAGCAGGACGAGCUAUCGCCGUUUUUGUCAUCAAUCAAACCAUUCUUGCUCUCUCAGAAGCAGGAUUGCUAUAUCAGAUGCAAGUGCAACUUAGUGAAAGCUCAGAAACAGUGUGGGUUGAACUCACGCCUACUUUAAAUCACAUCACUGAUAGAGAUUCACAACAAAAUCGUCUGGUAUUAAUAAAGUCUGGCAUUGUUUCACAAGAUGGACAUAGGAGAGCUUAUUUCUGCUCAAAGAAUGGACUGCUGAUUGAACUUGCUGGUAUAGAGCCUCCAAGAUGGAUAAGUCAUGGUCAACCAGCUGGAGCAAAUGUUGCAGUGAUAGCUGAUGCUACUUCUAGUAGAGCAGUUGUAUAUACUAUAAGUUCCUCUGGAGAUCUUUAUGAAUAUGACAGUAAUUCAAAACCCUCAUGGAAGAGGCACAUAUGGCAGGAAGGAAUAGCAAAGGUUGCACCGUUGCUUCCAUCUAAAGGGUGCAUUGUAAAUGGAUUGAUGGGUGCUUACUCAGAAUCUCUCUUUCUUUUAACCAAGGCAGGAACUUUGGUGGAGAGAAGAUUACAACAGAGGAAGUGGAAAUGGGUAGUCCAUGGAAGCCCUAGACAUCAAAAUUUGACAUCUAUCAUACCAGCUUUACAAGAUGAAUCAAGUGAUCAAAGAUCUAUUUCUUUAUUUUUCAUUACAUCAUCAGGGUUUGUUUUUGAAUAUCAUAUCCGGAAACAAGCAGGUACAGUUCAAAAUGGUGAAUUUCCAGGAUCAUGGGUGAAUCAUGCACACCCCUUACAUGCAAAAGCAGCAAGAGGUAUAGCAGGCUUACAAUUGCAAGUAGGAAGAAUAUUGUUUUCUCUGGAUGAUGGUAGACUUGGAGAACUCCAUCUUCUAGGACUAGGAGGUGAAAGCUCAGGUCCAACCAUACCUCAAAAUACUCGAAGGAAAGCAGGAACUACAAAAUAUGUAUGGUCCCUAUUAGACGUUCCAGAGAGUGAAGGAUGGAAUGCAGAGUACUGUACACAAGAACGUGGUCCCAGAAAUUGCAUUACUGGUACAAAGGAUGAGUCAGAGGAAUCAGGGAUAACUUCAGCAACAGGUAGGAGAAAGCACAGCCAGACACAAGAUUAUUACUUGUCUCCUGGCACAGUAGGCGCUGGUGGAGAACUGAUAAAAUUUUCAGAAGAGAAAAAUUUUCCAGAUGUUGGGUGGAUUAGUAAUAAUUUCCGUCUGAGAUUGAUGUAUGAAGGUAAAUCAGUUUUUCUCAUAACAGGUGGUGGUUUGAUAUUUGAGUACAUUUGUAUCGAGACCGUAUGGAUAUGGUUAAGACAUGAGAGCUCUACAAAUAUGGAAGGUAUAUUAGGGAACUAUAAUGGAAGCUUAUUCAUGGUUGAUACACAUGGGAGUUUGCUUCUUAGAGAAAGGAAUGGCUAUGAACUAUCAUGGAAGAAUUGCAGUGCCAUGAAGAAAGGAACAAGUAUUGUAGCAGGUCAACCAUGGGAUGGAGUACCAGGAAAAGCUAGUAAAAUUACAACUCAAGAUUCACUCUUCUUUGUCUCUAAGAAAGGAACAUUACUGCAGUUUGUGGUGUCAAUGAGGAAGUUCAAAUGGAAAGAUUGCAGAAAGCCUGCAAACACCAAAGUAGCUAGCAUACUAGACUAUGGAUUGCUGAGAGAAAAUGUAGUAUUUGUUACCGGAAGAAACGGUCGCCUCUAUCAAUACAACAAAGUAACUGAUAUAUGGCAUGAGCAUUACCAGUCUCAGCAUUUGAUUCUCUCAAACUUCCUUGGAACAGCCAUAAGACCUUCAUCAACAACACUGUCUGGUUCUCUCUUCAUGCUUUCAAGAGAAGGUGGACUUGUUGAAUAUCACUGGAAUUCAUGGUAUGGCUGGAAUUGGGUGGAACACGGAACACCCUAUAAAGGUGUAACCCUGGUCGGUUCACCAGGCCCUUGUUUUGCAGGUAAUCAAUUAUUUUUGAUUGGUUCCGAUGGGAAGGUGUACCUUAGGUACAUGGAUAAAGCAAACACGUGGAAGUGGAAAGAUUGUGGUUUUCCAUUGAUGGAAAAUAAAGUGCUUCAAGAUCAAACACAGCAAGUUUGCAACCAUGAAGAUUCUAUAUCUGGCUUCAGCAAGGACGAUGAGACUUGUGGUGACUGCAACCUUAAGUGUGAUCCCAAGGUGGCAUCAACCAGGCCAAUUCCAUCUUCCAACAGAUCGGUUAUAUUUGAGUUGCGAGAUGGCAGGUUAGCAGAAAUAGAGUAUGUAGAGAAUAGAGAAUGGGAAUGGUCACGCAUUUUUGGCACUCCAACCAGCCCAUGUCUUCAAAAUUACUGGGCCACUCUUGCUUCAUAGCUUAAUUGCUUGCCAUGAGCACAUGCUUGCAUAUUAAUCUACAUUUAAUAUUAUGUACUUAUAUCUUAUGUUAGAAGAAUCAAAAACUUAGGUCAAGUUUCUUAUAUCCAUUAUGUUAAGUUCUUCAAAUUAUACAUAGUCAUGUGUUCCUUUUUAUUUCAUGCAGAUUUAUAAUUAAAUACUAAUAUUUAAAAAAUAGAACACAUGGUAAUGUGUGAUUGGAAAAUUUGACAUAAUGGAUAUAAGGAAUUUGAUGUAAGUGUUGUCCUCAAAGAAUAGUCACUUUGUACAAAAAUAAGGUUUGUUGUUGAAGAAGUAGCACAGAUGUAAAUUAUUGAGCUACAGGUCAAUGAAUGUAUAUAAAUGUGUCUUAUCAUAUCAUUGAACCUGUUUUCCACUUUAUGAGAUUUGCUUAACAAGGCAA